GAAUAAUGCCGAAAACAUUGAUGUCACUUGGUGACCAAGUAUCUUCUGGAUAUAAAAAAUGGAUAUCCCAUGGCUCUGAUCUCCUCCACAUUCUCUCCACAGAGUCAUAUACACCAAAAUGUCAGGCAAAAUCAUCAUCCACGCAGUCAGACACGCCCAGGGCUAUCACAACCUGGGUGAAGAAUUCUUUCACCUGAGGGACCCCGCACUAACGCCAUUUGGCCAACAACAAUGCAUCGAACGACGAAAAGCCUCGUUUCAGGAUCAGUCCAAGUUCAAACUCAUCGCAUCAUCGCCUAUGAUGCGGACCCUGCAUACGACAAGUCUAAUCUUCGAUGAUGCCAUUCAGACACAGGACAUCCUUGCUAUCCCGGAGGCACAGGAAAUUUCUGAUCACGGCUGCGAUAUCGGAACAGAUCCUACUCUUCUCAGAGAGAUGACGUUGCGGAAUGAGUGGCCUGUUGACUUGAGUCUGGUGCCAGAGGGUUGGAAUGAUAAGAACCUCUAUGGACCGAAUAGUCCUGUCACGGGUGCCUGCGCAGCACGUGCUCGCACAGUAAGAAGAAUACUUAGAGAAAAGGGCAUGGCUUUGAGUCGAGACACCAACGAGGACAUUCACAUUGCUCUAGUUGCUCACGGAAGCUUCAUGCACUAUUUCAGCAAUGACUGGGAGAACAGCACCACUGGAUGCGGUACAGGUUGGAAGAAUUGCGAAACAAGGCGAUAUGUGUUUCAAAACGACGACUGGGACGAGAAUGCUUGGCUUGUUGAGACCGAGGAGAGCAGAUUAGCUCGGGGCAUGAAGGGUCCCGCUCCCUCUGCAGAGGAGCAACGGAAGCUGUAUGAGAAGACCAUGGUUGGAUGGGUUGAUCAGGGACUCCCGGACAUAAGAUACCUGGAGACAGCUUCGGUCAUGCCGAUACAGGAGCAUUCAAGGUUGUAAGAUGUACCGCAGAUGGAUAUGUUUUGCAUGUGAGGAAUGAUAGAAGAGAUGGACGAGAGUAUAAUGACCGAAUACUCGCUAUAGCAGUAGUGUGAGCAGAUAGAUGCUAUCCGAGUUUUAGACAUAGAAUAAUUGCUUUUUCUCGCUGGCCCAAGGGAACGAGAAUUCUUCGCAUUAUCAGGCGGGAUGAGUGGUCCAAAUCACGUAUCAGAACUGUG